AUGUUCUUUGUGGCAGGGGCCAAAAACUCAGGAAGAGGAGGAGGUGGUGGCGGGGGGAAUGAAAGAAGGUCCAUUUAUCAAAAGUUCCGGGAUGUGGAUAUAUUGGACAAGAAGAACACAGAGACUGCUCUGAAGCCCGGAGAGGACCGGGCCAUUCUCCUGGGGUUAGGAAUGAUCUUGUCGUCGGUAAUGAUGUAUUUUGUUUUGGGGAUAACUCUAUUGCGCUCUUAUGCAGACAGUGUGUGGACAGAGGAAGGUGUGUGUCUGGUACUUAACUCCACGGUGACGGCGGACGUGAACUGCUCCUACAGCUGUGGCUCUGACUGUUGGAGAGUGUCCAAGUACCCCUGUCUAAAGGUGUACGUCAACAUCAACAGCACAGGCCGCAUCAGCCGCCUGUCCCACAAUGAGGAGACUCAGGACGCCAGCUCUGAGUGCUUCUAUGUGCCGCGGUGCCAGAGGGACAGUUUGGCCAUGCACUCCAUGAUCAUGAACAUUUCAGAGCGUCUUAAAGUGAACCAGCAGGUCCCUUGUUUCUACGACCCUCUGGAUCAGCAGGAGGCAGUGCUGCUGUCACGACUGUAUAAUCACACUGCGAUCUUCCAUACCCUGCUCUGGCCCUCAUGCAUGCUCACUGGAGGGGUGCUCAUCAUCCUCAUGGUCAAGCUCACACAGUACCUCUCCAGACUCUGUGAUGAGAUUGGAAAAAUCAAGAGUGCCCACCACAACAACGCUCUGGUCGGACGGGCCACUGUGGAGGACGGGCCACUGUGGAGGACGGGCCACUGUGGAGGAGGACGGGCCACUGUGGAGGAGGACGGGCCACUGUGGAGGACGGGCCACUGUGGAGGAGGACGGGCCACUGUGGAGGAGGACGGGCCACUGUGGAGGAGGACGGGCCACUGUGGAGGACGGGCCACUGUGGAGGAGGACGGGCCACUGUGGAGGACGGGCCACUGUGGAGGAGGACGGGCCACUGUGGAGGAGGACGGGCCACUGUGGAGGACGGGCCACUGUGGAGGAGGACGGGCCACUGUGGAGGACGGGCCACUGUGGAGGAGGGGCCACUGUGUGGAGGAGGACGGGCCACUGUGGAGGACGGGCCACUGUGGAGGAGGACGGGCCACUGUGGAGGAGGACGGGCCACUGUGGAGGAGGGGGCGGGCCACUGUGGAGGAGGAGGGGCCACUGUGGAGGAGGAGGGGCCACUGUGGAGGAGGGGCCACUGUGGAGGAGGGGCCACUGUGUGGAGGAGGACGGGCCACUGUGGAGGAGGACGGGCCACUGUGGAGGAGGACGGGCCACUGUGGAGGAGGACGGGCCACUGUGGAGGAGGAGGACGGGCCACUGUGGAGGAGGAGGACGGGCCACUGUGGAGGAGGGGGCGGGCCGAGUUAG